UCUGCGUCUGAGAUAUGUCACGGAGAGUGGGAGGAGGAGGAGGGGGAGCCAGUGAGUGCGUGCAGUGUCCCAGGACCCUGUUUACUUUGCAUUCCCAGCUGAGGAAGCCCUGGUUUAAAUAGGAUCGGAGGAGCAGGCUGCCCACAGCAGAUGAGGAAAUGGUCACUCUGGGGCUUUAAAUUUCUGCCUUUCCAUGCGCUGGUGCGGAGGAUGAGCCUGCAGGAUGCCUUUCCUCCUGGGUCUCAGACAGGACAAGGAAACCUGCAUGGGUGUCAACAAUCAAAGUUACAUAUGUGAAACGGGCCACUGUUGUGGACAAUCCCAGUGUUGCAACUACUACUAUGAACUCUGGUGGUUUUGGCUGGUGUGGACCAUCAUCAUCAUCCUCAGCUGCUGUUGUGUUUGCCAUCACCGGCGCACCAAGCAUCGUCUUCAAGCCCAGCAGCGGCAACAUGAGAUCAACCUGAUCGCUUACCGGGAAGCCCAUAACUAUUCAGCCCUGCCAUUUUAUUUCCGGUUUUUGCCAAAUUAUUUACUACCUCCCUAUGAGGAAGUGGUGAACCGACCGCCGACACCCCCGCCACCCUAUAGUGCCUUACAUCAGCAGUGCGUCCCAGCAGGCAGCAGUAGCACAAUCCCAGACACACCAAGAAACCUGCAGCCAGCACAGAGCAGCUCAGCAGCGCCCAGCAGCAAUAACAGCAGUACUGACAGCACUGGAUCCCCCGGCCUUGGGGACCCCGAGCCCUCCACCACCACACUGGUCGAGCGAGCAGUUGCCAAAAUGCAAAGCGUCGAGCCUGGCGGUACCAGCACGGGAGCCGAACUAGUGGAGAGGGCCGGUCCCGAGAAGGAUACAGAGUGCAAGGAGGAACUGCUGAAAGGUUACAGCUCUGAGAGCUUGGAGCAGAGCAGCGCCAUUCCCGAUGCGAAGGACAAGACGCCGGGCAGGCAGCGCCGUUUCACUGGUGACUCGGGCAUCGAAGUCUGCGUAUGCAACCGGGGCCAUCAUGACGAUGACCUCAAGGAGUUCGACGGGCUCAUCGAUGAUGCUCUGGAUGGGCCCCUGGACUUCUGCGACAGCUGCAGCGGCCGCCCCCACGGGGACGAGGAGGAAGGGCUUUUUAGUGCUGCGGAAGAGCAGCACCGUGAACACAGCCACCACCACCUGCCCCGGCAGCCGGUGUGUGUACUCUUGAACACAAUAAAUGAGCAGGACUCUCCAAACUCUUGUACCAAUAACUCCCCCAGCUAAGGUGGCAGAGUGGAAGGGAGAAUUGGGGGAAAAAAACAAAGAAAUAAAAGUGGAAUAAGAGGAUUAAAACUUUUAACAGGAGGAAAAGGUGAUACAACCUUCUUCUUUUAGUUUAUUUUUCUUUCUCCCCCUCCAAUAUAAUUUGGGGAUUAGUCCUUGAAGGCCUGGCUUGCGGGGGACGGGUCACUCUGGGUUUUGUUAAUCGUGUCCAUCCUGCUCUGUGGGGCAGGGACUGAUGUUUCUCAAUGAGACCUUCUAACAAAUGGAAUUUUCCCAAUGGUGAUUUUGGUGAUGGUUACUAUGAGUUUGUUGGUUUUAGUUUUUUGAAACACUGCUUUAUCUCACAAUCAGUAAAGCUCAGCAAAUCUCACCCUGGGAGGAUGCAAAAUCACCGUAAGGCUUUAACCUCCAGGUGUCUUCCCAGAAGCAAACAGCUUCUGACAGUGCCGGCAGUCAGUAGCCUAAGAGUUCUGGUUUGAUAUAGUGCUCUUGAGGCAUUGGGGAUUUCUUUCAAUUUUAGCCUUUUUUUUCAUGUUAAGUUUUCCUGAAGCUGAUGAAUGCCUGAACACAUCAGCCCUAUAAUCUCUGGUGCUUCAGUGUUUUAAGACAGCAGGUAGGAAAUUUCCCACUUGAAGCUGGUGACUGAAGGACCAGUUUCUUCCAGGAGUGUUAGGCUACCGUAAGCAGUUUGAAAAGAAAAGGUUUGCGGAUAUUUGCCUUUAUAUGUAAUUUUUAAAGACAAGUCUAUUCCUUCAAUGCCUCCAAGAGCACAGUUAGAAGUAGAAUCCAGGCAGCUGGGCUGCCUUCCAAGUACUGUGGUCUCCGAAUGACCUUUUCCCGGUGUGCUGCAAAAGGGCUUGGCUUUAUUUUUCUCCUUUUUUUGUGCACCCCAAGAGCAGCACACUUGAGUUAAGAUGACAAAAACAGAACAGGGCUCUCUUUGGCCAGCGUGCCUUCAAGCUUCAGCGAUGCAUGUUGAACAAAUGGAGACGAGAGCUCCGUCCGUUGCGAAGGGAUGACUUACCAUGUAGAUGUGGAAGACCUGUGCAGUAUUUUUUUUUUGAUCCAAAAGUUUGGUGCGAUUCUAAUGUUGACCACUUAAAAGAAAUGAAUGUCUGUUUUCUUUUUCUUUUUUUUUUAAUGGUGGCAACUGGCUACUGUAUAAUGUCUGUGAGCGUGUGUGUGUGACUGCAAUCCAUGCAUGCGAGUCCUACUGGUAAUAUGAAAGCCUGCUGUAAGACUGCAAGAAAAAUUACUGUAGCUUUGCUUUAAUAAACGGUAGAGAUUUUGUUAGUAACAACCUGAAGGAAAAAAACCCCAAAACACAAAGAGCUGAAACUAACAUUCCCUAGAGUGCUCGCGUGGAAGAGAGCACAGUUCAGACUAUGUAUCUUGUUCUCUUGUUCUCAAAGUUUCUCCCCAUCCCUUUUAUAAUUAUGGUCGUCCAGAUCAUUACUGUUAAGGGGGGAAAAAAAAAAUUGAAAACUGAACUCAGACAUAUUCAGAUUUGAUUGAUUGAAAACCAAAAUCAGUUUUAAAUGAGGUGGAAACCAAAAUAUAAUGCAUUUUCUGAUAA